GUACGCCCACAUGGGGCCAUAAAACCCCGAGGAACCUGGGUGGGGAAGAGCAGGGCCAGGUGUCUGAGUCACUGUGUGCUUGGAUCUGGAACUACGGGUCCCUGAGAGCACCGUCUACGCUGAGAAGGGGACCCCAUCAUGAGGAGGCUCCUCCUGGUCACCAGCCUGGCGGCUCUGCUGCUGGAGGAGGCAGGCUCGGCUUUCCUGCCCCAGGUCCUCAUCAAGACCAAAGGCCACGUCGGGGCCCCUGAGCGGGACACAGAGGAGGCCUGGGGCACCCGAAUGGUGGAAACUCUGAGAAAGGACAACCAGCUCACGGGGCUGCUGGUGGCACCAAAGCCUGCGGCUGCCACAUGGGAGAAACCACAAGGUCAAGGCACCAAGGCCCAGGCAGGAACCGAGGACACCCUGGGCCAUGUUCCAAGCCCCAGGUGGGACCCUGAGCCGGACCGUGAUGACCUGUACCACCCACCGCCCGAGGAGGCCCAGGAGGUCCAGGAUGAGGCAGGGCUCUGGUCCUGGGCGCUGUCACUUCCCCAGGUGCUUCAAGGGCCAGAGGAGGAUCGAGACCACAUCUACCAUCCCAGAGGGGAUUCCUGGGGCCCCUGACCCCUCCCCAACUGGAAAAAUAAACCUCACAGAGGCGGAGGCCACAUGUGUCUUCAGGAACAG